GCAUUCCUCAAGCGGAAACGCCGGGGGGACUCCAUGGAAACGACACACUGGCGUGCUAGCCUGAAAGAGAGCCUAGUUAGCUGUCGUUAAUUCUGGGUGUCAAUAUAAACCUUGCUGUACAAUUAUUACAUUUACUUCUGCAAAGAUGAGUCGUACGCCCGAUGCAAGAGCGAGGGACAACCAGACAAGAAAGAUCCAGGAAAACGUCACCAAUGUGGAGAAACAUUUUGGAGAGAUGUGCCAACUGUUUGCUGCCUAUGUCCGUAAAUCAGCCAGGCUACGAGACAAAGCAGACCUCCUGGUCCGUGAAAUCAGCUUGUAUGCAGACACAGAAACACCAAACCUGAAGAGGGGUAUGAAGCAGUAUGCUGACCACCUGGCUAAGAUUCAAGACUACCGCCAAGCUGAGGUGGAAAGACUUGAAGCUAAAGUCAUAGAGCCAUUAAAAAGCUAUGGAGCUGUAGUGAAACGUAAAAGGGAGGAUCUGAAGACAACUCAAAGUGCCAGGGACAGAGAAGCCAAACAGAUGGCUCAGCUUGAGAGGACCAGACAGAGAAACCCCUCAGACAGACAGAUCAUUUCUCAGGCUGAAAGUGAGCUCCAGAGAGCCACCAUGGAUGCCACACGGACCACUAGGCAGCUGGAGGAGACCAUAGACGAGUUUGAGAAGCAGAAGAUCCGGGACAUCAAGAAAAUAUUUGGUGAGUUUGUGACAGUGGAGAUGUCAUUCCAUGCCAAGGCCUUGGAGGUAUACACCUUGGCCUACCAGAGCAUUCAAAGUGUGGAUGAGGAGGAGGACCUGGAGGUGUUCAGGAGUUCACUGCAUCCCCCUGAGUACCAGUCACGCUUAGACAUAGUGCGAGCUAAUUCCAAAACCUCCCUCGAUCGGACCGGGUCCUUCCUGAGUACAUCAGGGACCUUCCAGCAACAAAGAGCCGGCAGUCGGCAGACAAGAGGAGAGGAGGAGGAAGACGACGACGACGAGGAUGAAGAUGAAUCUGAAGAGGAGGAUGACGAGGACGAAGAGGAGGACACAGAUGAUGAAAAUUAAAUUCUCUUAAAUUGUCUAAUUUUGUGAUUGUCUGUAUGGAGCAAAAAGGAUAUCGAAAGAUGUACUAACUGUUUUAUACUGUUGUAAAAGAUGAGCUGUGUCAUUGCCAAAAUCACCUGACUCACAGGUGGUCUGAGCAGUAUUGUAGUGGUGGUGUGCUGUAGGUGUGUGAUGCUUUGUAAGAGAGCGUGUUGUUUUUCACGACCAUUUGUCUUUUAAAUUUUGUCUUUGCUAUAUUUUUAUAUCACACACAAUGAUAAAAUGUGCAUUAUAUGGUCAGUCGCCUUUAUGAUUAAAAAAAAUAAAUUUCCCUGUUGUGCGUUGUUCCAUUGUAUUGCUGUUCUAUAAUAAGUACAUGGUGUACCCUCAAUCGCUUUGCAUAAAAAUGCCAGCAGAGGUGUUGAUUGUUAUUUUAGAAAUUGUUCGGAGUGUGAAUAAGCCUAAGUGACAGUAGUUGCUGACGACUACAGCUGAAAGUGACUCAUCUUGUCCAGAGACAUGCAAAAGUGGUACAAAUGAAGUCAGGAACAUUUUGCACUGCGCUGUCUUUGUUUAUCAGGGUGUACAGUAUAUGUGUGUAUGUAUGACCGGAGACAUGCUUCUGUAUAUGCAUAUGGCAAUUUAUA